CACCUGCGCUGAUCCUCCUCCUCUUCUUCCUCCUCUUCUUCGCCCGAACGACGACCAAAAAGAGUCAACACCAAACGAGAGAGCCGAAGCCAAAGAUGGAGGAAUGACGAGAGGACCGUGAGCCGACAGACAGACAGACAGACAGGGACCCCGCUGUCGCAGAGGACCCGAGGAGAGAGAGAGAGAGUCACGUCUGACGGGACUUUUGGGGAUUUUCUCCCCGGCAAAGUGGAGCGGACCCCGGGGGAGAGAGACGCCGCGUCCCCCCGACACCAAGUAUGUGAGGGAAUGGCCGCGGAGGACCGCCGCGCUCUGGCGACAUGUUUGUCUCUUCGGUUUCCAGUUUCCUCCAGUGACGGUUGGGCUAACGUCGAGAGCCUAGCCACAAAAAAGUCCUAAAAACGGCGUAAAAAAAUAUUUGUUGGGGGGUAUUUGAAGCUUCCUUUGAAGUGUUCGGCCUCCCAAGGAGGAUUGCUUUUUGGGGGGUGAAGGAGGACGUUUAUUAAUUGUAUUUAUUAUUUAUUUUAAAGAGGCGAGACCCCCACCUCCCCCACCCUUUACAUAAACGCUCGCGUGCCGCUAGUGCUCUCGUUCCGGUAGACCACCCCGCUCCCGCUGGGCAGGUCUGCGGAGUCUCGCGCGCAGACGUACGCAUCUCCAUAUACGCACACCGACCUGGACAUUACCUCACGCGCACGCAUACCCACAUCUCAUGAACACAUAAUUACACAACCCCCCCCCCCCCUCACUCACCCAACCCGCUCACCCUCCACUAUCUGAUGACUCCCCGGCGUAGUGGUGGACGUGGUACGGAACCGACUGUAGCAUCAUCACCACCACCAUCAUCAUCAUCACCUCUCUCAGCACUGCUGUCACCGUCAUCUUCUGCCUCACCGCCACCAUCAUGUCCUCGUCGUCGCGUAAGAUCUCCUCCGAGUCGUUCAGCAGCUCGGUGGGCUCGGACUGCGGGCUCGAGAGCCCCGGUGGAGACGGAGGGGACGUUGGCGCGGAGCCGGCGGCGGAGGAGCGGCGCGGCGGCGGCGGCGGCGGCUGCCCCUUCUCCUCCCUCCACUCGACCCACAGGGCGGCGCUCUGGAACGGCCGCGGCGCAGCCGAGAGGCCGGAGGCGGCGGCGGCCGCAUGCCCGGCGGCGCGCGGGGACCAGCAGCAGGGACCCGGGGGUCCACACAAGAGGGUCACCAGGAAGAGGCGCGUGAACCUGGACUCCCUGGGGGAGAGCCUGAGGCGACUGACCUCACCCACGACUCAGACGGUUCAGGAGGCUCUGCAGAGGACGCUGCACUUCUACCGACAACAAGAGAUCAGGUGUCAGGGCGUCGUCAGCGAGGAGAAGAGAGAAGAGAAGAGUCCGUUUCUAGAGAACUCUGGUUCUGAAGAAGACGUUCUCCAGACCCUCCAGUACAUGGCCACCAUACUGGGAGUCCCGUUCUGCGAGCUGCGGGAGCAUUUCGGAGAGGAGUUCUUCAGCCUCUGCUUCGAGGAGAACGAGCGAGUGCUCCGGGCGGUCGGCGGAAACCUCCAGGACUUCUUCAACGGCUUCGACGCCAUCUUGGAACACAUUCGCACGUCCACGGGGCGCCGCGCCUCCUCCGAGAGCCCCUCCUUCCAGUGCAAGGACCUCUCCGAGGAGGAGAAAGGGAGGAGGACGUUGGAGGAGCGAGGAGGAGGAGAAGGAAGAGGGAAAGUGUUGCUCCUCCAUUGCUUCAACCCCGCCCCCGUCGUGGGCUUGGUGAUGCCGGGCUUCAUCCGGGCUGUCGCCAGGCGGAUCUUUCACUCGGAAGUGGAGGUGGAAGAGGUCCCGCCUCUCACUCCCUUAUUGCCCAAUGAGGACGCGGAACACACGGACGGAGACUCUGCCACGCCCACCUCGUCGCCGUCCCCUCCCUCUCCUUUCCCCACCUCCAUUCCCACGGUGUGCUUGUCCUUCCAGAUCCUGGAGACACGCCCCCCUCCUUCCCUCGCCGCCGCCCCCCCGGCGAACGCCGCCAGACGCCUCUCCUUUUCCACCGACCCGAGCGACCUGUGCAUCGGCCUGGCCACGUUCUGCCGGGUGUUCCCGUUCCACCUGGUGCUCGGCCCCCGCAUGGAGCUGCUGCAGCUGGGGGAGGGGCUUAGGAGGCAGGCUCGCAUCGAGCCUCACCGGAGCCUCUUGUUCAGGGACUUCUUCGAGAUCGUCUCCCCCAAGAUGGCGCCCUCGUUCCAGGGAAUCCUGCAGAGGCUGGCCUCGCCGUUCACCAUCUGCACCAGGCCCGACACCAAGGAGAAGGUGAUGGAGCUGAAGGGUCAGAUGAUCCACGUGCCCGAGUCCUGCUCCCUGAUGUUCCUGGGCUCCCCACGGGUGGACAAGCUGGAGGAGCUCAUGGGCCGAGGCCUCUACCUGUCGGACAUCCCCAUCCACGACGCCACGCGGGACGUCAUCCUGGUGGGGGAGCAGGCCAAGGCCCAGGACGGCCUGAAGAAGAGGAUGGACAAGCUGAAGGCCACGUUAGAGCAGACCCACCAGGCGCUGGAGGAGGAGAAGAGGAGAACCGUGGACCUCCUCUACUCCAUCUUCCCGGGCGACGUGGCUCAGAAGCUGUGGCGGGGUCAGCCGGUGCCCGCCCGUAAAUUCGACGACGUGACCAUGCUGUUCUCGGACAUCGUGGGCUUCACCGCGGUGUGCGCCCAGUGCACGCCCAUGCAGGUCAUCUCCAUGCUCAACGAGCUGUACACUCGCUUCGACUACCAGUGCGGCAUCCUGGACGUCUAUAAGGUCGUUGCUAAUGACCCCCCCUCUCUCCCCCCCCCCCAGCUGCGGGUGGGCAUCCACACGGGCUCGGUGCUGGCCGGCGUGGUCGGGGUGAAGAUGCCCCGGUACUGCCUGUUCGGGAACAACGUGACGCUGGCCAGCAAGUUUGAGUCGGGGAGUCACCCGAGAUGCAUCAACGUCAGCCCCACCACCUACCAGCUGCUGAAGGACGACCGCUCCUUCUCCUUCGUCCCUCGCUCGCGGCUCGAGCUCCCGGAUAACUUCCCCAAGGAGAUCCAGGGGACGUGCUACUUCCUGGAGGCGGGGACGUCCCACAGCCACGCCUCCUUGACCAGCUCUCGCUCCGCCCCCCCGGCCACCACGAGGAAGGUCUCCUACAGCAUCGGCACCAUGUUUCUGAGGGAGACGAGUCUGUAGGACCCCAGGUAUUCAGAGGGAGCCCGAGCACAGGUGCGGGGCGGGAUCUAUUGGGAUAUGCAAGGCCUUCUCAGAUUGGCCUCUAUGAACAAAACUCUUUUCAGAAACGCUCUCAUUAUCGCUGAGAAAAGAACAGCUCGCCUGGUUUCUCUGAGCGACGGAGGCGUGGUUCAGUCCUCGAGGGUCCGGUCCCGCGUGGACUCGUCCCGGAGGAAGCGACCGGCCGACCGGCUCGAUUAGCAGAGGAACCGUGAUCAUGUAAAAACAUGGCGACGGAGCUGAAUACCCGGUUUCUAGUCCUCUCUCCCGAAAUGUACCGUAACGUGGUCCAGGGUGGCGACAAAGGGGGAGGAGACGACACCCCGGGAGAGACCAUUCACACCACCGUGGGGGACGGAGAAAGUGGGGGGGGGGGAAAUCCACUUGUCCAAAGGAAUUACGUCGUAUGGAUUGAAGAUGACUGUAGACCAGGACUGAGGACGAUCCCCCCCCCCUCCUCUGAAACUGUCUCCCUAAACCAUGUCACGCUUCGUCUGACAUCCACACGACACAACUUAGAGAGGACAGAGAGAAAAGGGGUCGUAAAAAAGACAAAAUGCAAAAAACACUCGUGCUAAGCUUUCCUGCUUUUGAGCCCCAGCAAAUUAUAACCAAUCACAAUCCAGACAUCUCAUUGCAGGUCAUAUGUUUAGGACUGAUAAUUAUUCCCAGCUCAGUGCCUUUUCUAACUGCUCCGGUACAAGACGGGUUCAUUUAGAAUAUUUGAACAUAUUUUUGAACACAAGGAGCGCUUCAUUCGUCUUGUCGUACGACUUUUUGUUUAUUUUUACGACGCUUUAUACACACAGAGGUUUAAAUGAGGGAUUUAAAACGACACGUGCCAAAGUUUACGAGCCACCGAGUCCCAACUGGUCGGGUCUUUACUUUCAGGGUUCGUACGGUCAUGGAAAACCUGGAAAAGUCAUGGAAUUUUUGAAAAAAAUGGUUAUUUCCAGGCCUGGAAAAGGCCUUGAAAAAAAAUGUUUGUGCAAAAGUUGGGGAAAGGUCCUGGGAAAUGUUUCAUAUUCAUAUGUUAAUUUACGCUGUUUGAUUAAAAGAAUGAACAUUUAUAUAAGUAUUUAUUCUUUUAAUCAAACUAUUCCCGCACAUUAAUUUGUCAUUUAAGGUUUAUACUUGUGUAUACACGAGAUUUCACUAGAUGUUUGGUCAUGGAAUUUUGGAUGGUUAUUUCCAGGCCUGGAAAAGUCCUUGAAAAAAAAUGUUUGCAGAAAGUCAUGGAAAUGUGUUAUAUUCAUAUGUUAAUUUACGCAGUUUGAUUAAAAGAAUAUACAUGUAUAUACAUAUUUAUUCUUUUAACCCUUGUGUUGCCUUAGGGUCAUUUUGACCCGAAUCAAUAUUACACCCUCCCCCCGCUUUAGGAUUAAUUUGACCCCAUUCAAUGUUUAAUGUCGGUGUUCUUUCGGUAGUCAACAAACAAACAUAAAGUGCCUCACACUUAAACUUGGAAAACAAUAUUAAUUCUAAUAAUUUUCUGGAGGUUUUAAUUGCUGGCGUCAAAUUGAACCCAAAGGGUAAAAUAUGUUAGUAAAUAUAAAGGUAACAGGAGGGUGAAACAUUGAAUCGGGUCAAAAUGACCCAAAGGCGGGGGGAGGGUGUAAUAUUGAUUCGGGUCAAAAUGACCCUAAGGCAACACAAGGGUUAAUCAAACUAUUGUCUCAUUAAUUAAGUUGUAUACUUGUGUAUACACGAAAUUUCACUAAAUGUUUGGUCAUGUCAAUUUGGUUAAAGGUCAUGGAAAGGUCAUGGAAGGUCAUGGAACUCCAUCGGUCAACAUGUGUAUGAAACCUGACUUUUGAGAUGACGAGAUAAAUCAAGCGCUUCUCAAAAUAGUUCAAAUAUUUUAAAUACUAUUAAUCUGUUGCUUUUUUCCAGAUCAACCAAUAAUAAACACAAUAAAGUACCGAUAAUAAAGUACCGAUGAUAUAGUACUGAUGAUAAAGUACUGAUCAUAUAGUAUUGAUCAUAUCAUGAUGUACUAACACGUAAACAUCGUCACGGAACGCAUGCUCCACACGGUUCACAUUUACAUAACUCAGCUUUUUUAAUUGUUUUUUUUUACCAGGUGGUUCUAUUCGUAGACAGAAACCAAAAUGUGACCAACGGACACGGGAGAGUUUAUAAGAGAGGCUUCAUGAACUUUGCAUAUUUGGAUAAUUACUUAAUUUAAUUUGAAUUACAUUAAAAAUGUUUUAUUAUCAAACAAAGGAUUCACAGAGUCGUCAACAUCACAUCCUCAUUAUUGUGUUCUUUCUGAGAAAAUUAUUCUGAAAUGACCCACACAGAACCAUGAAGGUGCCACCUGGAACCGAACAUGGUUCUUCAGAGUGAUGCCAUAGGAGAACCAUUUCUGGCUCCACGAAGAACCUUUCAAACCAGGGUUCUCUAAAGAACCAUGUCCUUAAAAAUAUGAAAAAUAGACUUUAGACUUAAAAUUUUUUUUUUCCAUACUCCCCAAAGUCAUAUCCAAAAAUAACUCAAACCUACUCUUUCAGAUAACGUCCUGUUUUCAUUUAAAUAUACUAUGCAAAAUAAAAUGAAUAACAAACUAACAACGAUAACACUAAAAGAUAAAAACAAUUAUUCAAAGUAUAGUUUUUUAGCCUAAAUAUAUCAGGAACACAAUGCAUUUUAUCUCUGAAUUACGUCAAUUUAUCUACAGUAUCACUUCAUUUAAAGCCAACUUAACAUUUAAAUUACCAGAUUAAUUUGUUUGCUACACCUAGAAAGCAGCUUCACAUUUCAUCCAAAACUUUCAUGUUUUUUGUGAUAUUCUAGAGAACCAGAAUCUGCAACAACGACCUGAGACAUCAGCGAAACAUCAGAAGAUUUCUCUUCAUAGUGACGUGCCUAAAAGGUCCAAUAGGUUCAAUAUAUAUAAUAAUAUAAUUUACAAAUACAUUAGAAUAGUUCAUCUUUUCACAAACGUCCGUGAGAAGUUUCCGAGUCUUAUAUUUUGCCCUGAUGAUGAAGUAAAGUAUAACUAAAGGUCUCGUGGAUACUUAAAAGAGUCUGUAAAUCCAUUUGAGGCAAAUCCAAAACCCAACAUGGACAUCUCAACUCAUCAGAAGUAACUCGCAUAAAAAGAACAUAGAAGUAACACUUUGACGUCACUCAGGCCAGAUGCCUCAUAGGGUCCCUCAUUUCCCACAGUACGUAAUGAUAGCUAUAAAAAGCUACACAAUGCUAGCGGUUUGACCACGGAUGAGCUCAGAUCUUUCUUAUAUAUAUAUAAUUAUAUAUUUCUUGGGGUUUCUGAUGUAGCCAGAGAAUAUCUGGGCAAACACUUCCUUUUCCAUGUGUUUUUUUUGCCGUCCGAUGAGCAACUUGAGAGGCGGAACUAGACGACGGAUACAACGGGGUUGAUUCACAAGCAGCCCGUUUAAAAUCUGAUUUCAAACCCAUAAAAAGCCAAAUCACUUUCAGACGAUAGAAGUUCGCAUAGACCUUUUACCCUUCAUUGAAAGACUCAAUACUACAGAGACGACCAAGGGGAACCAGAACAACAUCUGGUCCUGUGGCCUAUAGAGAUUGGACAGUACAUAAAAAGCCAAAUCACUCUUAGACGAUUGAAGUGCGUAUAGACCUUUUACCCUUCAUUGAAAGACUCAAUAAUACAGAGACGACUAUGGUAAACCAGAACAUCUGGUCCCAUAGAGACUUGAGUUGCUGUUGCGAGACGACAGAUACAACUGGGUUUAUCCUCAAGCAGCCAGUUUAAAAUCUGAUUUCAAACCCAUAAAAAGCCAAAUCAUUCUCAGACAAUAGAAGUUCGUUUAGACCUUUUACCCUUCAUUAAAAGACUCAAUACUACAGAGACGACCAAGGGGAACCAGAACAACAUCUGGUCCUGUGGCCUAUAGAGAUUGGACAGUACAUAAAAAGCCAAAUCACUCUUAGACGAUUGAAGUUCGUAUAGACCUUUUACCCUUCAUUGAAAGACUCAAUAAUACAGAGACGACUAUGGUAAACCAGAACAUCUGGUCCCAUAGAGACUAGAGUUGCUCUUCUGAGACGACGGAUACAACUGGGUUUAUCCUCAAGCAGCCAGUUUAAAAUCUGAUUUCAAACCCAUAAAAAGCCAAAUCACUUUCAGACGAUAGAAGUUCGCAUAGACCUUUUACCCUUCAUUGAAAGACUCAAGAAUACAGAGACGACCAAGGGGAACCAGAACUUGCCUGGCCUAUAGAGACUACUCAGUACAUAAAAAGGAUCCUACUUUGCAUCGUAUCACGCAGUUAAACAAAUAAAUACACAUAAUUUAGGGUUUCCAUAAGGCAGUUGAACCGCUCUUAAGUGUAUGUAAGAGGGUUUCUAUCCAAAGAGACGCUUCCUUGUGGUUUCCUACAUGCGUUCACGUGUCCUAAAGGAAUCAACCGUAGCAUAAAUGUUAUUCCGUGUCUCGGCUAAAGAAAGGACAUUUUACACCAGCAUCGCACGAACCCGACUGUGAGUUCUCAGCAUGUUGUUCAACGUUCUGGUCCGAUCUCCGCGUCGUGCUGAGGGGUUGCAGAUCCUGGUUUUCUACUCGUCGUCACUAAUGGAGCGUUGAACCUCCCACUGUAGGUCACCAACACACACACAUCCAUCACAGAGUCAAUACAAGUGCUAAACAAUGAGUAUGAGGGUAGUCAGGGAGUGUGUGUGUGUGUGAAACGACAUAAGAACGUAAUAAUUUUGUUAAUUAACGGCCCGUUGUACUUGUAACAACUCUGUACAAUUCAGAUCUAUUUAAUAAAUUGAACUAUGGAAAUUGUUUUAACAUCAGCUGAUUUUGUUUUGGGAGAAUAUUUCACAGAUUUUUUGAUUUUUUAAAAGUGUUUCACUUCUUUGUUUCAGAUGCUUUAUGUCCUCUAACCUUCAUCCCGUCUUCUUUCAACAAUUCUAGGGAAGAAGACACUAAUGUAUUUCUUUUAAAUAAAAUGUUCCGAGAGGU